AAGCAGGGCUGUGGGUGACCUCAUGGCCCCAGCACCGCAGGCCUGUGUUUUAGAAGCCUGUAUUUGUAUUUUGGCUAUUCACUUUGAGUUGGGAAUUGGGGGCCUUGAGUUUAAAGAUUAAGGGUAUUGCUUAGCUAUUGCCUAGUUUAGCUGUCCAUUAAAUUGCUUAGCUUAGCUUUUCACUGUCAGCCAUUGCUUAGUUUAGCUCUCCAUUGUUAGCUCAAGGAAGUAUUGCUGCAAGCCAGCAAGAAAAGAACCAAUGGGAGGACAAUGAAAGGAGGAACAGGUAUAAUAAGAAACUGCAAAGGCAUGCAAGAUGGGAGAGCCUCCUCCAACUGGGACAAAGGUCAGGAGAACAUGGUGAAGAAGACUUCUGACUUCAUCCAAGCGCAACCGCCAGGUGGGGAGGAAGACGUUGAGCCUUCAUCCAGUGACCACCAGAAGGAGCUACAAUGCAUGUGCUAAGGGGAGGGACACCAUGUAAAUGAAUUCCCAGAAAAGUAAUGAAUAUGUGUCAAUAAUUCCAAAGUUCCUGCUUUGUGAAAGUGGAAAGAUCAGAUGCUUGUUCCGUCUGAACAGAGAAGUCUUCAUCCAAUAAUCGGUGGUUCUCCAGUAACCUGCAAUACUGCACUAUGGAUCGGUUUCUGUUGUCAGCCAAAAGAUGGUCCUACUGGCUGGCAGUGUGGAAAUGGGACUUGCAAACCUGUUGAAAAUAUGAAGAGGGGUUAAAAUGGGAAGAGGUGUUGAGCAUAUAGUCAGAUUUAAACAGCCUUGCACAUAGUAAUUACAUAAAUUUGGAUUCUCUCUUUGGAGAACAGUUCAGCCUCCCUGAGUUGUCAGACUGCGGUGGUUCCUGUUAGCUCUGCACAUUUCCCUUCCCUGCACACCAGUUAUUGCUCAUCCCAAGGAAGAGGUGGCUCAGGGGGAUCUUAUCCUCAGUACUGACGGGAGGUGGUGUGGUUUAACCCAGCAGGCAGCUCCACACUGCAGGGCCACUCGCUCACUCCUCAGGUGGUGUAGGGUACAGAAUCAAAGGUAAAAGUGUGAGACACCAUUCUUUGAGAUAAAGACAGUUUCCUAGGUAAAGCAAAAUUUGUGCAUGUGAGCAAAGGCAAAACCAGGAGCUCAUGUGCUCCUUCCCAUCUGUGGGCAGAUGUUCAACCACUUCCAGGAAUGCAGGGCUCAUCGAAUGUGAUGGUUUCUUGGGAAGACAAAUGCCAUCAGUCCAAAUGUUCCCCCAUUCCUCCUUCUUCCCCUCCCCCACAGUUUUGUUGCUGAGCAUGAUGUCAGGUGGCAUGGACUGUCCUCCAAUCAGUCUGUGUCAGCUGUAUCCCCUCCCAGCUCUUUGUGCACCACCAGCUCCUCACUGUCAGGGCAGCACAGGACACAGAAGUCCUUGGCUCUGGGUAAGCGCUGCUCUGCAACAACUACAACGUCAGUGUUAUCACUGCUGUUUUCAUGAAAAAUCCAAAACACAGUGUCAUGUGAGCCUCUCUGAAGGAAAUUAACUCUAUCCCAGCCAAAACCAGGACAAGGGAGCGCACAGAGUAUGCAGCCGGGCUCUCUAUUGGUGCCCAGUGACAAGACAAGAUGCAGUGGGCACAGACUGGAAUGCAGGAGGUUCCAUCUGAACAUCAAAAAGCACUUCUGUACUGUUUGGGUCCCAGAGCACUAGCAUGGGUUGCCAAGAGGGACUGUCUUCCAUCCUUGGACAUAUCCAAAGCCUCUCUGGACAAGGUCCUGGGCAAGUGGCUCUGAGUGACUUGCGCAGAGGGCUUGGACCAGGCUGACCUCACCUAGUCUGCAAGUUUGUGACUGCUUGCUAGUGGCAGCAGGGAACAGCAUCACUGCUAGCUUGGAGCAGUCUUGCUUGGAGUGAGGAUGUGGUGCAUUUGGACACUGCAUCCUUUCCCCUGCUGACAUCCUGGAGCAUCAUGUGGAGCAAAAAAUGCAGUUUUUAUUUUGGAAAAGAGCUCUAUGCUUCAGCUUGUGGAGUAAGUGGAAAAAAACAUUGGAGGAGGUGAUCAGGGAUUCAGAAAGGGGGACACUGGACAUUAUCCCAUGUACAUCAGUGGUGGGAAACUGGCCCUCUAAUUGCAGCAAGGCCAGAUGCAGCCAGUGGGUUCUAAUGCUCUGGAAGAGAGCAAGGGCUUUGCUAAUGCACCUUUCCUUAUUCUGCAGGCCCUUUUAUGUCAUUUUCCUUGCAACUAACCUAAUCAGUUCUUGGCCUGGUGGUUGUCUUUUGUUUUUAAGCUCUGAGAGGAUGCUCUUGGCACUGUGCUAGCUGCAGCUUUGAGCCAAAGUUCAGCACUGCAACGCUGUAAGUACAGGGAAACCAGGUCCACAAGAAGUGCAGCAAACUGGGAGCUGUGCGAUGCCCAGAUGAGCCCAGGGUACAGAAGGCAGAGUGCAGUUUGUGCCAGCCCGAUAACAAAAUGCUAACGUCAAUUCCUGUCCAGAGUGGAACAUGCAUGGAUUGGGCAAAGUGGUGUUACAGCACUGACCUUCUGAUAAGAUGCUUUGGGAGGCCAGGCUUAGUAGCAUGGUGACCUUGACAAGGCUGCUGGCUGAACAGCAAUGUUCUGAGCUGCCGCAGUGCUCAUGCAGCCUGGGGGAGAAGAGCUGCAGAGCUGGGUCCUGGGCAGCCUCCCCCAGAUGUGUAAGGCUGUCUCCAGCAGCCACCUCUGCUGUGUUUACCAGCACCACACAUGGGCAGGUGCUGACUGUACACUGCUGCCAGGAACCACAGCCUUGCACUGCAGUCAGGAAGGAGAACCUGGGGGCUGUGCAGCCUGGUGAAAGUGCUGUUGCCUGUUAUUUACCUGGGCAGUCUGUGAUGCACUGGCAGGUGUCCAUUGCUCCAAAGUCACUCUACAAGGAAUGCUCCUAAGCCCAGCCACGAGUGGGGCUGUAUGCCAACAACCGGCACCACUUGGCUCUUGUGUUUCUCAGGAGGGUGCAGUCUGACCCUGCGUAAGGGUUUAGGCCUACCCACGCCCAGGAGAACAGCCAGUGAUGUUAGCAGCCCUCAGUGAUGGCCAAGGACGAGCUCCUUGGAGGCAGCCACUAGCACAAGUGUUUGUGGCCUGGUACAGCUGUGGCAAUGGGCAGGUGGGAGGUGCAUGCCUUGGGGCAGGAUAGGGGCUCAGCAGGAACCUCAGGCUUUUUUAAAGCACCAAAGUAUGUCAUAGUGCCUUGCAGAGUGACACUUGCCCAUGGUUUUCCUCCUCUGGAGAAGAAGAGUUCCUGCACACAAUUUCUCAAGCUAUAAACUUCCCCCUUAUGGCAGCGCCCAGUUCCAUGGUGUUCUGCUCAGCUGCCAAUAAUCUCCUGGUUGUUCCAUGUUACCCAUGUUGGUAGGAGGAGCUGCAGUAGAUGUCUUGGCAGAUGUGGGCAGUCGCUGUGCUGUCUCUGGACUUUCUCUAAAGGUUUAUUCCAGCUGGGUACUCUGCAGUGCUGUUUCAGUGUCUAAGAACGUGCAAACUUCUACUGGAGCCUUUCUGGCUGCUGGAUCUGUAGGUGGAGUGUGGAUUCUCAAGUGCCUGUGAUGGGGUAAACUCAUGCUGCAACAUCUCCUGCAUUGGGAGCACAGGCAUGGUCUCACUUCUAUAUCUGCUGCCUGUUUUCAGAAAACCAAGCACUUCUGAGCUCUUAACCAUUCUGUCAGAUGUGGCUGAAAUGGCAAAUGAGCUGCAAAGUUGUUCAUGGUGGUUCAACUGAGUGGAGGCAGUGUGACUGCACGAGUCUUAUUUCUAGAAGGUAUCUCCCAAGGAACAUUAAGGGAGCAAAUAUCUUGCACAGCAUCAACCUAUGGUGCAAUGCGAGGCUGUGCUCUGGAGGGCAUGGCCUUCCCUUGAGUUUGGGUUCAAAAUUGCAUGUGCUUAGACAUCUCUAGCCCCUCUCCCUAUUGCCCUGGGGUACAGGUCUGUCUGAGCCUUCCAGAGGUCCCUUACCCAGGUCGCAGUGUCUCUUCCAUGCACUGAGGCAUACCUGGGCCCUCAAGUCUGUCCUCAGCAAAGGAAUUUUCUACAUACUAGACCUUUUUCAUUAGGUCAUUUUACACCUUCUGGAGGCUCCUCUUAAGGCUGAUGCUUUGGGACCAAAUCUUGUCUCUGCUGUCACACAUGUGGUUCUGCCAAAUGGUCUUUCAACAUGCACCUGCAGAAAUCUCCAGUGCUGACGCCAGGCAGCUCUCACAUUGUGGUUUCUUGGGGGCUGCCCGCUGGUGUGGAAAUCCCCACAAACACUUGGUGGCUGUCAGCUCAAGGACCAGCUGAGGCUUAAGUGGCUUCUCAGCUCCUCCAGGGACAACUUUUGACCUCUGUUUAAUCACAUCAGUGGCAGCACGCACACAGAAUAGAACAACCUUGGAAACCUCCCAGAAAUGCUGGUAAUCCUAAAGCAAUUGACAGGGGGUGGAGGAAGGUAUUGCAAGCCUCCAGCAAAGGUUCGAAGCAGAGUUGCUGCCUGACUGCUGCCACGGACAUGCCGGAACCCUGCUCCUGCCAAUGGUGCCCAUGGGUGGAGGGCAUGAGGAGCUGUGGGCGUACCAAGGAGGCUCGGAGAGAUGAUACAUUAUUUAAGGCUGUGCUAGAGGAUGAAAGCACCUGGACAAGGGAAGGAGAUUCUUGCUCGUGGAAAUCUUCAUCCAGCUCUGUUUCCCGGUGCAGGAGUUGGGUUGGAGCGCACGUGCUGCUGUUGGCUCCCUGCGGAACGCGCUGUGUUUCAGCUGCUGCCCUGUGAUGUGCGAGGCGGGGCUACUGGCACCGGAGCCCUCUGAGGCUGCACGGCACAAUGGCGAAUUGUCAGACACCUGCUGCCACAUGGACCGCUGGCAGAGGCUGCGCACGGCCGUCCGCAGGCUGGAGUUCUGGGAAAGCUUCAGCGCUGAGCUGGUUGGGAGCGGCUUCUUCUCCAAGGUGUACAAGGUGACCCAAGCUGCUGCUUGUAAAGUGAUGGUGGUGAAGAUCUACAAGAACGAUGUGGACCAGGAGGUGAUAGUGCGUGAGAUCAGCCUGCUGCAGAAGCUCUCCCACCCCAACAUCGUCAGGUACCUUGGGAUAUGCAUAAAGGAUGACAAGCUGUACCCCAUUCUGGAGUAUGUGAAUGGGGGCUGCCUGGAGGAGCUCCUGGCCAGCAAAGACAUCGCUUUGUCAUGGAAAGAGAAAGUGGACUUAGCUUCUGACAUCACCAGGGGCAUGAUCUACCUGCAUUCCAAGAACAUCUACCACCGAGAUCUCAACUCCAAGAACUGCCUCAUCCGGGUGACGCCACGUGGCCGUGAGGCACUGGUGGCAGACUUCGGGCUGGCCAGAGAAGUGGUGGAGCUGCCCGUGCAGGAUGCGGAGAGGAAGCUGUCCAUGGUGGGCUCUGCCUUCUGGAUGGCUCCUGAGAUGCUGCGGGGAGAGCCCUACGACCGGAAGGUGGAUGUGUUUUCCUUUGGCAUUGUGCUCUGUGAAAUCCUGGGCAGGAUCCCAGCGGAUCCCGAAGUACUCCCCAGGACUCAGGACUAUGGCUUGGACGUCGCAGCCUUCUGCGGGAUGGUCAGCGGAUGCCCCCGGCAGGUGCUGGACCUUGCUGCCUGCUGCUGUCGGGUGGAAGCAUUUAAGAGGCCGUAUUUCUCCGAAAUCUUGGAUAAGUUGGAGGAUGUUGCAGAGAGCCUGGAGCCCAGGAGGGACAAUCUGCUUUCAGGCUGAGCUGUAGGCCCCCUGCAAAGCCCGACAGUGUGUCGCACAAACUGUAAAUGGAGAGUCAGAAGCGAACAAAGAAGAUGGAGAAGGGAAGAACUAAGUGAUGCACUGGUAUUUAUUUAAUCAUAGUCUCAGUCUCUAAUUUCUGAGAUUGAAAAAGUGGUUAAAAAAUGGAGAGGAGACUUAACCAAGGUCUUAUCUGAGGUUUUCAACAGAUAUAAUUCAGACAGCAAACAGCCUGUGUUUGCUUGUUAAAAGUAAGUGAUCCUGGAGGGCAGGUCAGGGACCUGGAUUCCCUUUGAAGAUGCUUUCCGAAUUCCCUACAGAAAUGUAGCCCUCUCUUGCUUGCCUGUGCUCCCCAGAUCCGAGGCCUUCCCCUUCCACAUCCCCUCUGUCUUUCAGGAACUUAUGUGGGGGCCAGGGUCCCUUUGGAGCAAAGCUGGGGGCUUUGGGGCAUGCAGAGAGCCUCAGAGUUGCCUUAUGCUUCAAAGCCUUAAAGCCCUCUUUGGGUGGCCUCACAGGGACGGGUGCGUUGUGUUGUGAUGCUGGUGGGACACCCUGACACGUGCAUGGGGCACACCAGCAUCCAGCGAGGUUUUGGGAACAGUGCAGAAGGUGUGCCUCGCCGAGGUGUGAGCCAACCGACUGAUAUCUCCUCUCAGAACUGGUGCUUUGCUGUGUCACAGCACUGCAACCAUCUGGAUUUCUCCCCAUGGCCCUCUGCUGGGGUCUGGAGGUGGGAGAGGUGCACCUUUCAUCCUCCCGCAGAUACCCAUCCCCAGUUCAGCUGGUUGCCGGGCCUUAGUGGGAGGGACGUGUUCUACUUAGGACUGAAAUGUCUGUGGUUGUCAGUAGGUAUGCUAACUGUGUGGCGGUGGAGCUGUGUCUCUCUUCUUGCAGACUGUAAGCUCUUGGAGUAGGAGUCCUUUGUCUGUGCACCAAAAGCCAUUUGUAGAUUGUAUAAUGAGGUGUGCAAAUAGUGUUGUAGACCUACAUGUGGACCUCAUCUUGAGCUCUUGCUUGGAAUUUGGUGUCACCUGUGGCUCAGUGCCUCUGUGCCCGGGCACCUGCACAAAGGAGCAGUCGUAGUGUGUUGGGGCAGGGAUGUUGUGGUGGAGUACAGUGUGUUUUCAGCAGAGAUUCCUCAUGAUAAGGAACAUGAAAUGCACUGAAUGGCACCAGGAUCGUUGGCUUGGCCAUGCAUCCAGAGAACCCUCCGUCCCCGGAGCUACCGUCAUGCUUCUGUGGGCUGUGACAGCUGUGCACAGGAAACCUGCUCGGCAGUGACACGCGCCAGCAAACAGCUUCCUGCUGGGGAGUGCUGCCAGCAGGAAGAGUGAAGCCUUGGGAAGCAGGAGACCGAAAAGGAUGGAAGCUUUUCAACCUGGUGGAAGGCAGAGUUGCCAUCUUUUGAUUUGACCAGUGCAGUGAAAUGGACUGCAAAGGCAGAGGAAGCGGCACUGAUAUAGCCCUGUGUCUUCAGGGGCAGCCAGCUGCCACCACCACUGCAGCUGUUGGUCCCUCUCUGCUGUGGGCUUGUCCCAGACCACUGGCACCGUCCCCAGUUCUUGGACAUGGUGUGAGGGUCAUCGCGAGCUGGGAACCAUCCCUCACAGGCCGUCAGGGUCUGCAGGCUGUCCUGGAGGCAGAGGGCAGCGGUUGGACACAGAUGGGCUGGGUGAUGCAGCUCAGAGCAGGGAACGACAUUUUCUGUCUGGUGGCACUGGUACGGCUGUGAGACUGCAUCUGCUUGGCAUCCCGAGGGCAGCCAUGGAGGGGUGCAGAGCUGCAUUUCUGCUGGGCUUUCUGUCUGCCUCCUCCACUCCCAUGGAAGGGACGUCCAGCCCCAUGCUGAGUCUCAGGUGACAAAGGAAAUCUUUGCCAGAGGGAGCUGUGGUGCUGCUGCUGCCUGGCUCUGUGGCUGUUUCAUCCUCCUGGGUGUGCAGAGCAGCGCUGCUGAAGCACGGCACCAAACACAAAGAACAUCUUUGUGCUCUGGCAGCACAGCUGGCAGGAUUAAACUUUGGUGAAGACAGAACACUGUUAGCUGUGAGAAAGUGGUGCUUUGCCAAUGGUGCUACUUGGUGCCUCUGGCGUGGGGCUCCUUACAGCACUCUGUUGCUUCAGCUAGGGGCACAGCACAGCAGCAGCACAAGCACCGCACAAAGGGCGGUGGGUUCACCUUUCCCAUCCCAGCAGCCCACGAUGAGCUGAAGGGACCAAAGCACAGUGAAAUGACUUCUCUUCCCCUGAUGCAGAUUGUUUUGUGCUGACUCAUAAGUGGCCCUGAUUACUCUUAAAUGCAGCUGCCUUACAAGGACAGCUCAGAAGAUCACAAGGAGAUGUUUUCACUUUGACCACCCUGUCUGAUGCACCCAAAUGCAAAUUGUAUGGAGGUGCUGAAGCUGUUUUAUUACAUUCUCAUGUGAGCAGUCAUUGGUGUUGGGUAGGAAGGAGAUCUCUCCUUCCAGAGCCCCAUCCCUUGAAGUCUGUCACCUUUCAGUUCUGGCUGUGAAAUCUUUGGGCAUGUGGAAAAACUGCUGUGUUCCUCCCUGCAAAGAACUGCCGCAGAGCCCCUGGGGGCUGGCAGCAGUCCCACGGGUGUUGGCCUGUCGCAGACACUGCACUGGAGUAUCUCUGGAGGCCGCUCUUGCUGGCCACGGGGCUGCUUCCCCUUUCGGCAGGUUGUGCACCAGCCAGCCAUCAGAGCUGCUUCCAGCCGCUCACCACCUGGCUCCCUGCCCUGGCGUGAAGGCAGGAAGCAGGUUCUCACCUCAUCCUCUUGUCCCAGCCAUCGUGAUUUACAACAGGGGGAAUGUCAGGAGGAGCCCAGGGACGCUGUUGUUCCUGGGCUUCAGGGCUGCUCCUUUCCAGAGCUGCUGAAGAGCAGAGGACGGUCUUCAAACACAAAAUGCAAACCUGAUUCGUGAGCUUUCUGGGACACGGAAAAGCUCUGAGGUGGGCAGUGACAAGGAUCAGUUACAGACUGAGUGGGGCCAUUCUGCUUUUCUUCUGGGGAGACUCCUGGCAGGAGGACAGCUAACAAGAGGGACUAGAUGGUAUGCUGACAGUUUUGGGGGUAUGUUCCUUCAGGGCAUAUCCUUUGUGACAUCUCAAGGCUCUUCCCUGCACCUUCCCACGCUGGUCAGGUGUAGGAGCUGAUGGAGGUGUGAGAACCCUCUUGGAGGAGAGGUGGGAUCUCUGGGCUGGGCACUGUGACAGUCACCAGACCUUGGAGGUCGCAUGGAGGCAGGUGCUCUUCCUCAGUAUCCAGUUACAGCAGUGCCCUAUGUGCUCGGGGUCUGCUUCCUUCUCCUCACCACGGCUCCCUCCCUGCAACUCCAAGCAGCAGCACCUUUGCCGUGCAGCUUCUUUAGGGUCACUGUACCCCAGACUGCAUCAACUUCACUAUGUCCCAAAUAACUAUGGAAGAAAUCCAGGUGGAAUAGUGUAUAUGGGACAUGAUGUAUGUCUCUGCAGGGGGAUAGAUCUUGACCUCUCCCUUAGUGCUUCAGUUCUUCCUGGCUGGAGUCCGUGCAAGCCUUCCCUGUGACUACCGUAACUAUGGGGUCUGGGGAGGGCCGUCAAGCCCCGAGGACCCUCUCCUCCACACACCUGUAUCAGCACAGGGAGUGCUUUCUUGCCUUGCAGGAGGGCCUGCAGUGCCAACUCACUGCGCUGGCUGAGGUAUGCAAGAGAGUGUCAUUCUCCAGCCAGGUCCCACCCACCUCCCCCAGCACUGGUGGUGGUGUGGGCAUGAGGAGCUGGGAUGGGUCAGCCCCAGGACAGUUGACCUCAGGGCUCAGCUUGCUACACACUUGUGCACUAAGUGUGAUAAAUCUGGGAUCCUUCGGAACUCACAAAUAAAUACUCUGUUUCCACUGACUGAUGUGUCACUGUAAUGCAGAGUUAGCACUUGGUUUAGCUGGUUUACAUGGUGUCUCCUUCUGCAAGGCUUGACUUGGGACUGCCGUAGUGUCUUAGUACCACACACCUUGCUGGACAGACUGUUUUUUUUCCAGCUCUUGCUCCACAGUGCCUAAAGAGUGAGAUCCUGAAAACAGUGGAAUGGCUGGAGCUGGCUCUGGGCCCUUCUGGUUUAUUGUGGGAUUUGGUGGGCAAUGGGGAAGUCAAUUCAGCGCCUGUCAGACAGCUCUUGGAUCCAACAGGAAAAAAGGCUGCAGAAACACUGAAGGUUUCGUAUACAUAGAUUAGAGACAAAAAUACCAGUAUGUGCCAUGUAAGGUAAUACCAUCUGAGAGUUUUACUGAAAAGCAGUAGCCUUACCACCAAGGUGGCCUUUACAUCAAGUCUUUACAUCAAAGUAAUGCACUUUUCAGAAAAAGCACACUCAAGCUUAGUAGGGCUGCUGGAGAUAGAGCAGGAUUAAAGCUGGGGCUUACAGAAGCUCAAAGCAGUACUGUUCUCUUCUGGUCUCUAAAGGCUACAGCUCCUCUGGGCCCAAGGCACAAUUUACAACAUCCUUGGUCUGAUCUCACUCUCCAACAGUGUGAUGUUUUCUGUGAUGCUGGCUGUUGAGUGGCACCUGUCAUUGCCAGUCA